UCCUUCUCUUUCCUCUCAGUCACUCACACACACAAACCAAAACAAAAACAAAUCCAAGAAAACAUAGCAUCUCUCUCUCCUCUCCUCUCUCUCUCUCUCCUCUGACAGAUGAGACGAUGCAGCAGCAGCCCACAAUUCUCGACGCCUGUAUCUCCCUGACAACGAAAACCCCAUUCAUCUUAAACGAAUAAUCAGAGCAACAGCAACCCCUGAUAUCAAUUUUUCUUCUUCCGCAAAUGGCCAGGAAAGGUGUGGUCUCCGACGAGGGAACUGUGACCGACGCCGACAAAUCCACGGUGGCGGCGAAGGCGAAGGCUGUGGAGAUAAAGAAGCAACUGGAGAGGCUGGUGAAGGCCAUUGUCGAUGAAGACGACUACAGGGUCGAGACUGCUGACGAGGCCAUCAGAGCCUUGUCUUAUUUGAAAGACUUGAAGUCCAAAAAGUCUCUCUCUUUCAAGCUUCACGGCGGCGGCGGCGGUACUGUAGUCAUCCCUAAAGAAUUCAGAUGUCCCAUUUCCGGAGAGCUCAUGGCCGACCCUGUUGUCUUGGCCACUGGAGAGACGUUUGAUCGACCAUUCAUCCAGAGGUGGUUUAACGAAGGCCACAGAACUUGCCCUCAAACCAAGCAAGUCAUCUCUCAUACUGUCCUUACCCCUAAUCACCUGGUUCGAGAAAUGGUUUCACAAUGGUGCAGGGAGCAUGAAAUUGAGCUUCCGAAACCUGUUCAGGAUAUUGAUGAGCAACUUGUCACCAAUGCAGACCGAGGAUGUCUGAAUUCACUGCUUGAGAAAAUGUCAUCAUCUCUAUCUGAUCAAAAAGCAGCAGCAAAACAGCUUCGACUGCUAACAAAGCGAAGUUCAUCAUUUCGGGCACUUUUUGGUGAGUCUACUGAGACCAUUCCGCAAUUGCUCAAUCCACUUUCACCGGGACAGGUUGAUGCUCAUCCUGAUCUUCAAGAAGAUCUGAUCACAACACUACUAAACCUCUCAAUUCAUGACAAUAACAAAAGAUUAGUCGCAGAGAACGCAUCAGUCAUCCGUCUGCUUAUUGAAUCCUUGGAAUAUGGAACUGUCCAAACAAAAAGCAAUGCUGCCGCAACUUUCUUCACAUUAUCAGCAAUUGAUUCCAACAAGAUUACUAUUGGAGCAUCCGGUGCUAUGAAACCUUUGAUUGACCUUUUAGACGUGGGGCAUCCAUUAGCAAUGAAGGAUGUUGCUUCGGCAGUAUUCAGCCUGUGUACUAUCCUCGAAAAUAAGGAAAGGGCCAUCAAUGCUGGAGCAGUCGGGGUGAUUCUGAUAAAGAUAAUGGAUCAUGUUUUAGUUGCCGAGUUUUUAGUUAUACUUGCAAUGCUUUCCAACCAUCAGAGGGCUGUUCAGGAAAUGUGUGAGCUUGGCGCUGUGCCUUGCUUGAUUGGAAUCACAAGGGAGAGCGACUGCGAGCGCAACAAGGAGAACUGUGUUGCAAUCCUUUACACUAUCUGUUUUGCUGACCGGACCAAACUGAAGGAAAUUAAGGAAGAGGAAAUGACCAGAGGUACAUUUUCUAGACUUGUACAGACCGGAACUUCGAGAGCAAAGAGAAAGGCGAGUGGAAUUCUUGAAAGACUGAAUAGGACCGGUUCAAUAACGCACACAGCUUGACAGAAAUCGAACUUUUCUUCUAUUUCCCCAUGUAAAUGUCGUAUAUUUCGUAGUUCGUACUAUACUCCAUGUAUACCUGUACACAGAAAAGAGCUCACAGAUUUGUACACUUAACUUGAAAUUUUCCUAGGCAAAGUUUUGGUCCAUUUCUAGAAAUGUAAAGGCCAUUGGAAUUUCUCCUCUCUUUGAUCACAAAAGAAAUCACAACUAGUACAUUUUGUU